AUGUCACAUUCUCUUGGGGGUAAGGAGCAAGAUGAUGCAUUCAAUACACUAAGACAUGAGUUGGUUAAAGCUCCAGUAUUAGCACAUCCUGACCCCACUCAACCCUUUGUUGUUACCACGGAUGCAAGUAAAGUGGGUCUGGGUGAUGAACUAUCACAAGAAGAUGCACAAGGACAAUUACAUCCGGUUGCAUAUUUCAGUCGUGCAUUGACCAAACGAGAACGUUCAUAUCCAACUUAUGACAGAGAAGUGAUGGCUAUGCGGGACAUGCUUAAGCAUUUUCGGUAUUAUCUGUUAGGAGCACAAGUAGUGAUGAGGACCGACCACAAACCUCUUCUAAAGAUCCUGGAACAGAAAGACCUUUUGGACGAAGAGCGACAUUGA